AUUAUAUAUUCGUACCCGCCAUUCACACACACACAGAGUCAGAGAGAGUCUGUAAAAUCUAUCAUUCACAUUUUUAGCGUUUUGAGUUUUUUCGGGUUUUAAGUGUGAAUGCGAUGUGAGAGAGGGAAUUGAAAAAGCUGCUUACACUGAAACUUACAUAUAUACAAUGCCGGAGAUAGGGUUUCAAGAGCAGCAAGUCUCGUCGAGAUCAUCAGGAUUGAGAGCUCAUCGCGAUGCUAGUCCUGAUUCUGUGAUCUUCACUCUCGAAUCCAACUUCAGCUUGUUUUCUUCGGCUUCGGCUAGCGUCGAUCGCUGCUCUUUCGCCUCCGAUGCUCACGAUCACGACUCUUUCGCCUCCGAAAUCUCUCUAUCGGUGCAGCAUUUAACAGAUAAUCAUCAUCACGAGAGUUUGAGUGGUCCAGAUCCAAAUCCAGAUCCAAACAACAAACAGCACAGUCGUUUUUUCUCUAAAAGAGGAGAAAAAUCAAAAGCUCAAAAAGAAGACAAUAAUAAUGAUGGAGACUUUGAAGACGAAUCUCCUCCACUAGAUUCUGCGAGAAGCUCUUUCUCUCUUGCUCUCAAAGAGUGCCAGGAUCGGAGAUCCAGAUCUGAAGCGCUAUCGAAGAAGCUAGAUAGAAGAAGACCAGCUUCGUUGGAUCUAAACAAUGCUACAACCGCCGCCGCCGCGUCCUCGCCGCGAUUGGCAUCGAUGAAAAAGGCCUCGGCGAUUUCGUCUCGGAAAUCCGGCGGUACGUUUCCGAGUCCCGGUACGCCGAAUUAUCGGCACGCGAGUGUAGGAAUGCAGAAAGGUUGGAGCUCAGAGCGAGUACCAUCGCACUCGAAUGGUGGUGGUGGUGGUGGUGGUGGCGGUGGUAACCGUAGACAACUAGCUACUAGUACUUCGUUGUUACCUUUCAACAAUGGAAGGACUUUGCCUUCGAAAUGGGAAGAUGCAGAGAGGUGGAUUUUCAGUCCGGUAUCGGGAGAUAACGGUAGUUCGAGGAAUUCAGUUCAGCCUCAGCAGCCGCUGCCGCAGCAAAGGCGGCCUAAGUCGAAGAGCGGACCGCUCGGGCCGCCUGGGGUUGCGUAUUACUCGCUGUAUUCGCCGAUAUUUGAUGGAGGGAACGUGGGGAAUUUUGUGAUGGCGGGGUCUCCGUUCUCGGCCGGAGUCAUGGCGGCCGAUGGAUUGGCCAUGCGUGGCGGCGGCUGUGGUGGUGGUGGUGGCAAUGGUGGAGGGUUUAUAGGAAGGAAUGAGCCUUGCAUGGCUAGGUCGGUUAGUGUGCAUGGGUACUCUGAGAUGCUGAACCAGUCUUCAUUGCCUGGGUCAAGAGAUGAAAAAAAUGAUGGGGUCAAGGAUGCUGGCACUGAUAUAUCUAGUGGUGUGUCGAGAAGGGACAUGGCAACCCAGAUGAGCCCAGAGGGUAGCUCUCAUUCAUCUCCCGAAAGGAGGCUUUCAUUCUCUAACUCCAAUCCCUCUGCCCUGCCUAUAAUGGAGUUGCAGAGUGUUCCGUCCUCUAAAUUGGAAGUUAGGGAUGUGCAGGUAGAUGAACGUGUCACCAUGACUAGGUGGUCCAAGAAACAUAAAGCCCGAUUUCCUGGGAAGGGUUCAGACAAUGUUGAUAACUGGAAAAAGAAAGAUUUGGAUGCUCAAUCAUCAGAUUGGGAUAUAAAGACAAUUUCCAAGUUGAAAAGAGAGGAAGCCAAAAUCAAUGCAUGGGAGAACCUGCAGAAGGCAAAAGCUGAGGCAGCAAUACGCAAACUAGAGAUGAAGCUCGAAAAGAAAAGGUCAUCAUCUAUGGACAAGAUUAUGAACAAGCUCAGAUCGGCUCAGAAGAAAGCUCAAGAAAUGAGGAGUUCAAUGCUGGCCAAUCAGGCCCAUCAAGUUACUGGGGCUUCCCAUAAGGCGAUAUCAUUCUGCAGAACCCGUCAGAUGGGCUCUUUGAGUGGUUGUUUCACUUGCCAUACUUUCUAAUGCCUCAUCGAGUAAUAUGCAUUCGCCCAUAAUAGCAGGUUACAGUAGAGUGGAAAAUGGAGUGCAAGAACAUGAAUGAAUGGUGUACAGUAGAGGAAAAAUAUUAUUUUGACACUAAUUCAGUGUUGAUGCAGUUUUUGUGGUGGUCUGAAGCACUGGUUCCCCUAUCAAGGUUCCCAAUAGGAUGUGAGACCCCAGUAAACACAAUCUUGGGGAUUCAAUGGUUAAUAAUGCAUGUAUGUAUGUAAAUCAAUCUUUAGAUUUUUCUUUUUCUCUUUGGGAAUGUUUUUUUCACCAUGACAUUUUGUCGUACACGUGGAGAUACCACUCAUCUAAUUAAGCUCUAGUUUUUAUCAAAGCUUGAAAGUGACUAGGUUAUGUGCACUCUGCAUUAUUAUGAUUGAUUUGUUAAAUUUUGAAA